AUGGAAGAGAUACUUGUGCCCCAUAAGCACGGCCUUGAAAGCGAGGGAAAACAUGUUCCAAUCUGGAUUUCUCUGCCCAGCGGUGCUUCUAAGGAAAACCCGGUGCCUAUCGUCUUUGGAAUUGGAGGUUUGGACUCUUGGCGGCCAGAAAUGGCUUGUUUUGCUGCUGCAUAUCACCAAUGCGGGAUCGGGAUGUUACUGGUAGAGAUUCCUGGUACCGGAGACUCUCCGGCUCUUAUCGACGAUCCUAAGAGCCCUGAUCGUCAGUGGUCAAGUGUCCUGGACUGGGUCGACGAGAACGAGGCCAUCGAUAGUAAGAAGGUGGUAGGAUGGGGCAUCUCGACCGGAGGUUACUACGCCAUUCAAGCCGCAUAUACACACCACAACAGAUUCCUUAGUAUAGUCUCUCAUGGUGGUGCUUGCCAUCACGUCUUUGACCCGGAAUGGCUUGACGGAAUCGAAUAUAGGGAAUUUUCUCACAGCGCUGCUGAGGUGUUUGCUUGGAAAUGGGGGUUUCAAGGGGACAUGGAGAAGACUAUCAGGGAGUCUAGCGGCAGGUUCUCCUUGCUGAAAGACGGAACGCUUGACAGAUCAGACUGUUCUCGCUUAUCACUAAUUCAGGGCACGGAAGACACUGUCUUUCCAGUCGACCAUACCUAUCUUUGCUUAGAACAUGGCCCUCCCAAAGACGUCAGGUGA